AUGGAGCGGGUCAGUGGGGAUGCAGCGGCGGCAGCCGCGUCGUGCGGGGCUGGCGCAGGCAGUGGGGCUGGGGCUGCUGGCGCCCCUGGGCCCUCGUCCGGCUGCUACACGUACCAGGUUAGCCGCCACAGCACAGAGAUGCUGCACAACCUGAACCAGCAGCGCAAGAAUGGCGGCCGCUUCUGCGACGUGCUUCUGCGCGUGGGUGAUGAGAGCUUUCCGGCGCAUCGCGCCGUUCUGGCGGCCUGCAGCGAGUACUUUGAGUCCGUGUUCAGUGCACAGCUGGCCGAUGGUCCACCUGGUGGCCCCGAUGCUGGGGGCCCACAGGACGUAGCUGGGGCUGCCGGGGGCCCGGGGCCCGCGGGUGCGGGGCCCAGCCGGGAGCUGGAGAUGCACACGAUCAGCUCCAAGGUCUUUGGGGACAUCCUGGACUUCGCCUACACUUCGCGAAUCGUGGUGCGUCUCGAAAGCUUCCCCGAACUCAUGACGGCGGCCAAGUUCCUGCUUAUGCGGUCCGUCAUCGAGAUCUGCCAGGAGGUCAUCAAGCAGUCCAACGUACAGAUCCUGGUGCCCCCGGCCAGAGCCGACAUCAUGCUCUUCCGCCCCCCGGGAGCCACAGAUCUGGGCUUCCCUUUGGACAUGACCAAUGGGGCCGGCCUGGGGCCCAACGGCAACGGCAUCGCCGGCAGCAUGCAGCCAGAGGACGAGGCCGCCAGGGCUGCGGGAGCUGCCAUCGCCGGCCAAGCCUCCCUGCCUGUUUUGCCCGGGGUUGACCGCCUGCCCAUGGUGGCCGGGCCUCUUUCUCCGCAGCUGCUGACCUCUCCUUUCCAGAACGUGGGCAGCAGCGCCCCGCCUCUGACUGGCAAGCGGGGUCGGGGCCGCCCCAGGAAAGCCAACCUGCUGGACUCCAUGAUGUUCGGAUCCCCCGGGGGUCUGCGAGAGGCAGGAAUCCUCCCCUGCGGCCUCUGCGGGAAGGUGUUCACCGAUGCCAACCGCCUUCGGCAGCAUGAGGCCCAACAUGGGGUCACCAGCCUGCAGCUAGGCUACAUAGACAUCCCUCCGCAGAGGGUGGGCGAGAACGGGCUGCCCAUCCCCGAGGACCCCGACGGCCCCCGCAAGAGGAGCCGGACCAGGAAGCAGGUGGCCUGCGAAAUCUGCGGCAAGAUCUUCCGAGAUGUGUACCACCUGAACCGGCAUAAGCUGUCGCACUCCGGGGAGAAGCCCUACUCCUGCCCGGUGUGCGGCCUGCGCUUCAAGCGGAAAGACAGGAUGUCCUAUCACGUCCGCUCGCACGACGGCUCGGUGGGCAAGCCGUACAUCUGCCAGAGCUGCGGGAAAGGCUUCUCCAGGUAA